AUGGAAAACGAACACAAGUGGAAGUUUGCUCAGUGUUUUGGUGAUAAAGGAGAGUCUGACGAUAUCACUGAAGGUACCUAUCUAGCUCAUGAAUUCGGAAACUUUCUAACGACAUUAUCCAAAAAAAAAGCUGAUAUUAUUUCGGCCGUUGAGUUUGACCAUACAGGCAAUUAUUUAGCAACUGGUGAUAAAGGUGGUCGAGUUGUUUUGUUUGAGCGUAACGAGACUAAAAAGAAUUGUGAAUAUCGCUUUCAUACCGAAUUUCAAUCACAUGAACCUGAAUUUGAUUACUUGAAAAGUUUGGAAAUUGAAGAGAAAAUUAACCAGAUCAAAUGGUGCAAGAGACAGAAUUCAGCCCAUUUCUUGCUCUCGACCAAUGACAAGACAAUCAAGCUUUGGAAGGUGUAUGAGCGGAGCCUUAAAACAGUCGGCGAGUCUUCCAUGAUGAUGGAUACAGAUGCCCCAACUACAGUAGGUAGUUUUGGAUUACCCUUGACCAUGCCCAAGAUGAAUCACCAAGACACGGUUGUUGCUGCCACCCCAAGGCGUAUUUAUGCAAAUGCUCAUGCAUAUCACAUUAAUUCAAUUUCCAUCAACUCGGACAGCGAAACCUACAUUUCUGCGGAUGAUCUUCGAAUUAACUUGUGGAAUCUUGACAUUUCUGACCAGAGUUUUAACAUUGUCGACAUUAAACCUGCCAAUAUGGAGGAAUUGACUGAAGUCAUUACAGCCGCUGAAUUUCAUCCUGAACACUGCAAUUUAUUCAUGUAUAGCAGUAGCAAGGGUACCAUUAAAUUGGCUGAUAUGAGAGAGUCUGCUCUCUGUGAUCAGAAUGCUAAAGUUUUUGAAGAGCCAGAAGAUCCUUCCAACAGAUCAUUCUUUUCUGAAAUUAUCUCUUCUAUUUCAGAUGUCAAGUUUAGUCAAGAUGGUAGAUACAUUCUCUCAAGAGAUUAUCUUACAUUAAAGAUUUGGGAUAUUAACAUGGAGAAUAAGCCCAUACGCACAAUCAAUAUUCACGAUAAUCUAAGACCCAAGCUUUGUGAUUUGUAUGAAAAUGAUUGCAUUUUUGACAAAUUUGAAUGUACAUUUAGUGGUGAUGGAAGCCAUAUUAUGACAGGUUCUUAUAGUAAUUAUAUCCAUUUGUAUGGUCGUGAGGAUGAUACAGAUAUUGCGCUACAAGCAGAUAAAAGUGCAUUCAAAGCAAAGAAGUUGGGCACAAAGAACAAAAUCACUAUGAGUAGUGGAAACAAUGGUCGUGGUGGCAACAUGGGUAGACGAAUGCGUGGUGAUGAUGAAUAUAUGGAUUAUAACAAAAAGAUUCUUCAUGCAUCAUGGCAUCCAAGGGAAAAUACAAUUGCUGUUGCAGCAACUAACAAUCUUUUCAUUUUCACUGAAUAAUAUAUAUUAUAUAUAUAUAUCUUUUAUUGUCUUGGUUCACUAUACAACAACUUGUUUUUUCUUUAUCAAAUAAACUU